AUGAGCUCGUUGCGACCAUUACGCGGUGCCUGCCAAUGCGGCCGUAAUCGCUACUUGAUUGUGGUCCCCGAGGACUCGGUCGAUGAAGCUCAAGUGCUAUUCAACCCAAGCACUACUCAUGAAGCCUCUCUCGCUACGCCGCUGCCGGCCUACAUCAGAGUUCCCCUGACCUGGUACAAGAGCGCCACCUAUGCUUACUACGACGACGAGACGCACGCGACGAUCCGCCGCUCCUACACGCACCCAGACGAACAGGACUUUCGGCGCUACUUUUGCGGCUACUGCGGCACGCAGCUGUCGUACUGGUCCGAGAGCCCCGCCACCGAAGCCGAGUACAUUCACCUGACACUCGGCAGCCUCUUGCGCCAGGACCUGCACGAUCUGGAAGCGCUGGGUUUGAUACCGGACGAUACCGACUCGGACGAGUCCGCGCCGGCCGGGGAUGCGGGCGACCAGGAUGAGCCCAGUGAGCGCGAGGCCGCCGUUGUUAGGGAAUCGUUUGGCGUGCCCUGGUUCGAGGAGCUCAUCGAGGGUACUAGACUGGGAAAGUUGCGGCGCCGACACGGCGGGCACGAAUCGCAGGAUGGCCGCGUGCAGGUGGAAUGGGAGAUUAUAGAGUACUCGGAUGGCAGCGACAUGGAAGACGUGGACAUGCCGACGCCAGCCUCUGGAAAACGAAAACUAGACGAGAGGGGAGAGGAACAAGUCGAAACACAAUGA